CCAUCAUUACUUCUAUUUAACCUCUGCUGUUUGUCUUCAUGCCUUCAUUGACGGAACCUCUGCUUUUGUAUGGUCCGACCUCUGCGCUCCCAGGUGCCUCCACUUCUUCCUAAGGCUGAAAUUGACCCUGAACAUUGUCGAGUAUCUGCACAGCUUGACGACAACGUGGAUGACAACAUCCCACUGAGGGUCAUGCUGCUGCUGAUGGACGAGGUGUUUGAUCUGAAGGAGAAAAACCAGUGGCUGCACAGGAACAUCAAGAACCUGCUGCAGCAGCUCAUCCGAGCCACAUACGGAGACACUAUCAACAGUUCUGAGACACCCAGUGGUUUAUUAUUAAAGAAAUGUCAUCAAAUGUUAGUUUCACAUGAUGAUUACAGAUCAUAAAAUGUGUGGAAAAGAAUUCAGAAUUCAACUUGUAACCUGUGGCGGAUUAUAUCAAGAGGUUCAGGUAAGCCUAUUCACCACCACCUCUGCACCUUACUGAACCUCGACGGUCACUAUAAUUGGAAGUAACAGCUGACUAUUCAAACAGAGAUUCCUAUUGGCCCAAUGGAAUACUGGCUGAGACCCCGCCUCGUCGGGACAAGAGCGUCCACAUGAGGACACGAGUAGCUGCUAAGACCAGCCUGCUGGGUAUCAUGCCAAGUAAAAUCACAGACUUCAGUGUACCAUUUAUCUACACUGAGUUUAACAGGUGUAGUGUUUGGCACAGAUUAUAAACAGGGCACAUUUUAUGUCUCACUAUAUAAGUGAGUUUUAUCAAGAACUAUACACUCCUGUUUUUGACAUGUCACUAUAUGCACAUAAAUAUACAUACAUCAUUUGGGGGCGUCUGGAGUUUUAUACUUUUUUUAAGAACUGACUUUAAGUCA